AUGCCAAUCGAAAUUAUCGAUCUACUUUCCAGCCCAGAUAUACUCCGUUCAAACCCAACUCUACCUCGAGCUAAAUCCUCAAAAGCUCGCAAUUCGGCACCACGGGUCCUGACCUCUGUUCCUGCUCCCGAACGAAUUCUUGAAUACCAGGCCCCAAACCCCACUCGAAAGGAUGAUGACUGGUUUAUACUCUCUUCUGAUGGAAACAACCCAGACCUACCUGGUCCUUCACCAACAAAUGCUGGCCUCAUACGUACGGUGACGGGUCCGGGUUCGCAGUUGGAAAGCGCGUCAAAGCCUGGCCAAUUGAUGCCUAAAGCGACCGGCAAAGACGACUUCUUUUUCGUCUCGGAUGAUUUUGACAGCACUAUCGAUUUGGACAGAUCGUAUGCGCUAAACGAGCCGCCUCCCAAGAAACGGCGCCUUUCUUCCUCGCCCAUAGCUACACUGCCGAAUACGGGCUUAUCAAGAGCGAGAGAAUUUAAACGAUCAGCUUCCAAUGUAGAGCCCUCGAAAACAAAGCCAACUUCGACCAAGCACAUCCCACGUUUAAGGAAAUCGAAUACGGCGAGUAUAGUCUUGGAUUCGGAUCCCAUAAUAUUUACCAGUUCUCCGGACCCGUUUGCCGAUGUUUCAUCGAGACGGAAACCGAAAAGUGGGAGAGAUUGGGAUUAUGACGUUGAUGAGGAGGACAUAUUUGGCCUUAAGGCUCCACCGACGGGUAAAGGGCGAGAUUUCCGUUCGACAAAGAGCAGUGACGUUGGCAUAUUAGAGCCGAGUCAUGGGAACAAAAUGAGAGAAAUCCCAAUCGAAAAUUCGGACGAUGAUCUUCCAGACAUUUUCUCUCUGCCUUUGCCGGCCGCAAAGUAUUCUCGAAGCUCAGAUCUUGCUCUAGCAAUGUAUAACGAGGAGAAAUCAACAAAGAAAGCUGGCGUGAAGAAGGUUGAACGGGCUAAAGAGCGGCACGCUGCCAGUGAGACGGAGAAAGAACGAAAGCGUUUGGAUAAAGAGGCAGAGAAGAGGGGAAAACUCCUAGCUAAAGAGACGCAGAAAAAACAAAGUCUGUUAGCUAAAGAGGAGAAACUUCGGAAUAAGGAGGUGGCUGCGGAAGUUGCCAAAGUCAACACUCUGCGUACUGAUAAAAAGGUGUCGACCCCUGAGAUGAUAUUGGAAUUGCCAACCUCACUUGACCCUGAACUUGCUAGGCAAGUCCGCAGUUUCUCCGCUCCUUUACAGGUUGACACCGGGGAGUGGGAGAACUCAAAACCAAUCAUUAAAUGGAAGAGAAAAGUCCAGGCGAAAUAUAAUGAUGGGCUGGGUUACUGGGAACCUACGCCAUUGCGUAUUGAACCUGAGAAGCACAUCAUCUGUGUAAUAUCUGGCCAGGAAUUCGUUGACCUAGCUACGGGAGGUGAAACGAACGAUCUUGAUUCUCAUGUUCUACAGCUCAGAGCUAAAUUCCCUUCGUGUCAAAUUAUAUACUUGAUGCAAGGACUUGCCUUGUGGAUGAGGAAGAACAAAACUGUGCAAAACAGGAAAUUUGUCCAGGGCGUGAGAAAUCAGACGAGCCAAGAGGAUACCAGCUCUCGUGGUCGAGCAAAGAAGGGAAAGGAGCCAGAGCAUGUAAAUGAGGAUAUAAUCGAGGAUGCGCUGCUAAAGUUGCAGGUUCUGCACAACACACUGGUUCACCAUACGGCUGCGAUGGUUGAAACUGCCCAAUGGAUCAUCACAUUUACACAGCACAUAUCCACUAUUCCUUAUAGAGCUCAAAAGCAAUCCCUUGAUACGGCCUUCUGCAUGGAAACCGGCCAAGUCAAAACGGGCGACGAUCCCAAGGAUACGUUCACCAAAAUGCUACAAGAAAUCAAUCUCCUUUCGUCACCUAUAGCUUACAGUAUCGCCUCCGAAUAUUCUUCAGUGCAGCGGCUAGUCAACGCUCUGGAGAACGGUGGCCCGUUGGUUCUUGAAGACCUCCGGAAGUCGGCUAACAAAGACGGUGCCUUUACCGAUCGGCGGAUAGGGCCAGCGAUGAGUAAACGGGUUUAUAAAAUCCUUAUGGGGAGGGAUCCGUCUAGUUGGGACGUCUGA